CGCAGUCCCGGGACGGCCUCGGAGGACCGGCCGCCAGCGCGCACGGAAGUGCGCCCGGCCUUCUCCUGUGGGAGGCCACCGUGAGCGCGACUUCCUCUUUCGGCGGGGCGGCCCGGGCCUGGCCAGCUCCUCCUCCUCCCCGGCCUCCUCCCCCAGUCUGUGCCGCUCUCGGCUCCGAGGUACUGUGCUCGCCCCGCCACUUUCAGCGCCAGGCUCCGCGCGAGCCAGCGACAGAGCCGGAGUCCCGGGUCGGACACCGCUCCUCCUGGGUGCCGCCCGGCUCAGCUUCGCGCCGCCCGGCCGCCCCGCCGCCCUUGACCGCAAGCGCACAGCACAGCCCCGCAGUUCGGGGACGCGCAGGCGGCGGGCCUCGGCCACCGAGCACCGGGACAGGGACUGAAGUCUUUCGGCUCUGCGCCCCGCGCGCGCCCCGGCGAUGGCUGCUCCCGGGUGGCUGCUGCUACGCCCUCGCCCCGGCGGCCUCCUGCUGCUGCUGCCGGGUCUCCUGCUGCCCCUCGCCGAUGCCUUCAACCUGGACGUCGAAAGUCCCGCCGAGUAUGCGGGUCCCGAGGGAAGUUACUUCGGAUUCGCCGUGGACUUCUUCGAGCCCAGCACGUCCUCCAGAAUGUUUCUCCUGGUGGGAGCCCCCAAAGCAAACACGACCCAGCCUGGGAUUGUAGAAGGAGGGCAAGUUCUCAAAUGUGAAUGCUCAUCCAGCCGCCGGUGCCAGCCCAUUGAGUUUGAUUCAACAGGCAACCGAGAUUAUGCCAAAGAUGACCCACUGGAGUUUAAGUCCCACCAGUGGUUUGGAGCCUCUGUGAGGUCAAAGCAGGAUAAAAUCUUGGCCUGUGCUCCAUUGUACCACUGGAGGACUGAGAUGAAGCAGGAGAGAGAGCCAGUUGGAACCUGCUUUCUUCAGGACGGCACAAAGACCGUUGAGUAUGCUCCAUGCAGGACAAAAAAUAUUGAUGCUGAUGGCCAGGGAUUUUGUCAAGGAGGAUUCAGCAUUGAUUUUACUAAAGCUGACAGAGUACUUCUCGGUGGUCCUGGUAGCUUUUAUUGGCAAGGUCAGCUCAUUUCCGACCAAGUGGCAGAAAUCAUAUCUAAAUAUGACCCAAAUGUCUACAGCAUCAAAUAUAAUAACCAAUUAGCAACACGGACUGCACAAGCAAUUUUUGAUGACAGUUAUUUGGGUUACUCUGUGGCCGUGGGAGACUUCAAUGGUGACGGCAUUGAAGAUUUUGUCUCAGGAGUUCCAAGAGCAGCAAGGACUUUGGGAAUGGUUUAUAUUUAUGAUGGGAAAAAUAUGUCCUCUUUACACAAUUUUACUGGUGAACAGAUGGCUGCAUAUUUUGGAUUUUCUGUAGCUGCUACUGACAUUAAUGGGGAUGAUUAUGCAGAUGUGUUUAUUGGAGCCCCGCUGUUCAUGGACCGAGGUUCUGAUGGGAAACUCCAGGAGGUCGGCCAGGUCUCAGUGUCUCUGCAGAGAGCAGUGGGAGACUUCCAGACUACAAAGCUGAACGGCUUUGAGGUUUUUGCCAGGUUUGGAAGUGCCAUAGCUCCAUUGGGAGACCUGGACCAGGAUGGCUUCAAUGAUAUUGCAAUUGCUGCUCCAUAUGGUGGUGAAGAUAAAAAGGGACUUGUUUAUAUCUUCAAUGGAAGAUCCACAGGCUUGAAUUCGGUGCCAUCUCAAAUCCUCGAGGGGCAGUGGGCUGCUCAGAGCAUGCCCCCAAGCUUUGGCUAUUCAAUGAAGGGAGCUACAGAUGUAGACAGGAAUGGAUAUCCAGACUUAGUUGUAGGAGCUUUUGGUGUGGAUCGAGCUGUCUUAUACAGAGCCAGACCCGUUGUCACGGUAAAUGCUGGCCUUGAAGUGUACCCUAGCAUUUUAAAUCAAGACAAUAAGAUCUGCCCGUUGCCUGGGACAGCUCUCAAGGUUUCCUGUUUUAAUGUCAGAUUCUGCUUAAAGGCAGACGGCAAGGGAACCCUUCCACGCAAGCUCAACUUCCAGGUGGAGCUUCUAUUGGAUAAACUCAAGCAGAAGGGAGCCAUCCGACGAGCACUGUUUCUCCAUAACAGGUCCCCGGGCCACUCCAAGACCAUGACUGUUUUCAGGGGGGGACAGAUGCAGUGUGAGGAACUGGUCGCUUAUCUUCGGGAUGAAUCUGAAUUUAGAGACAAGCUCACUCCCAUCACCAUUUUUAUGGAGUAUCGGUUGGACCAGAGAACAGCUGCUGAUGCCACAGGCUUGCAGCCCAUCCUGAACCAGUUUACUCCGGCCAACGUCAGUCGGCAGGCUCAUAUUCUACUUGACUGUGGUGAAGACAAUGUCUGUAAACCUAAACUGGAAGUUUCUGUAAAUAGUGAUCAAAAGAAGAUCUAUAUUGGGGACGACAACCCUCUGACACUGACUGUGAAGGCGCAGAAUCAAGGGGAAGGCGCCUAUGAAGCUGAGCUCAUCGUUUCCAUCCCGCCGCAGGCCGACUUCAUCGGGGUUGUCCGGAACAACGAAGCCUUAGCAAGACUGUCCUGUGCAUUUAAGACAGAAAACCAAACUCGGCAGGUGGUGUGCGACCUUGGAAACCCGAUGAAGGCUGGAACUCAACUGCUCGCUGGCCUUCGUUUCAGUGUGCACCAGCAGUCAGAGAUGGAUACUUCUGUGAAGUUUGACUUGAAAAUCCAGAGCUCUAAUUCUUUUGACAAUGUAAGUCCAGUUGUGUCUUACAAGGUUGACCUCGCCGUUUUGGCUGCUGUGGAGAUAAGAGGAGUUUCAAGUCCAGAUCAUAUCUUUCUUCCAAUUCCAAAUUGGGAGUACAAGGAAAACCCUGAGACUGAAGAAGACGUUGGGCCUAUUGUUCAGCACAUAUACGAGCUGAGAAACAAUGGUCCAAGUUCAUUCAGCAAGGCAAUUCUAAAUCUCCAGUGGCCUUACAAAUACAACAACAACACUCUGUUGUACAUUCUUCAUUACGACAUUGACGGGCCAAUGAACUGCACGGCAGAUACAGAGAUCAACCCUUUGAGAAUCAAGACACCCGAAAAGAAUGACACAGUGGCGGCAGCGGCGGGACAGGGAGAAAGGAAUCAUCUCAUCACCAAGCGAGAUCUCACCCUCAGAGAGGGAGAUGUUCACACUUUGGGCUGUGGAAUCGCUAAGUGCUUGCAGAUCACCUGCCAGGUUGGUCGACUGGAUAGAGGCAAGAGCGCAAUCCUGUACGUGAAAUCCCUGCUGUGGACCGAGACGUUCAUGAACAAGGAAAACCAGAACCAUUCCUAUUCCCUGAAGUCAUCCGCUUCCUUUAAUAUCAUAGAAUUCCCUUACAAGAACCUGCCAAUUGAGGAUCUCUUCAACUCUACACUAGUCACCACUAACAUCACCUGGGGCAUUCAGCCGGCGCCCAUGCCAGUGCCUGUGUGGGUGAUCAUCUUGGCAGUUCUCGCAGGGCUGCUCCUACUGGCUGUGUUGGUAUUUGUAAUGUACAGGAUGGGCUUUUUCAAACGUGUCCGACCACCUCAAGAAGAGCAAGAAAGAGAACAGCUUCAGCCUCAUGAGAAUGGCGAAGGAAACUCUGAAACCUAACCGUGCUUCUUAAGUGGUGCCACUUCUGUCCGCUCCAAAUUUACCACCUUGGUGGUAGAUUUAAACAUCUCUCGUGAAGAGUGAAAUCCCAGGACUGUAUUGCUGAGAGCACCCAGCAGUCUCAAUUUAUCCACAAAAUUGAAAUGGAUAUUUGUCGACUUCUCUUUAUAAAUAAGUUCAGGUUACAUUUACUUCACCUACACUAACGUGUGUUCUUAGGGAUUUAAGGAUGGGAUUCCAAAUGAUUAUCUUUGUUCAGUGUACAUAAGACAGACAGCACCUGAGUUAGCACGUUAUAUAGCAUAGUACCUCUUCAGUUACUGUUUCUGAUUGACUGUGUGGGGUUUCUCUCUUUGACGUUACGUUAGGGCAAUUAGGAUUGUAAAGCAGUUCAAAUUUAGACCUUAGCAUCAGUCAGUUUGCACAGGUACUUAGAACAGGUACACAUUACACUACAGUUGAGUUCAUAAGCUACUGAAGACUUUGCAAUUGCAUGCACUUAGAUUUUAAUAUCAUUUACACAGUAGAACUUUUAAAUACCACGAUACCAUCAAAAUUCUUUCCUGGGACUAUAGCUCACUUCGAAGCAUGUGCAACUCCCUGGGUUUAAUCCUGCACACUGGGAGGAAAACCAGUAGUUUCCUGUAUUAACAAUGGUACAGUAUUUUUAUAUGAAAAUUAGGUUUUUAUUUAUGUGUAGUCUGCAUUGUGUCUUGUUGUAUUUUAACUUUUGUAAUUUAAACUCUACAUUAAAUCCUUUAAGUCGUUUCCUGCAGAAAAUUUUAUAAUUAAAAAUACCCGUUAAGUAAUAGUGUGGUCUCAGCUGCUGCUGACUGAAGCCCUCAGAGUUGGAAGUGGUUUCUGAAGUACAUCUAUUCCCUUUGUUUGGCUGCCUGCAAUGUGGAAAAGCCUGAGAGACUCUCCAUAGGUCUCUACUCUAACUGCUCAUCAAAAAGAUGUUCUUUAAUUGGACCGGAGUGUUUAAUUGUUAGUAAUUUAUUUUCCUCCUGUCCUCAUAUUUUCCUUCCACUUCCAAAACUGAGAAUGGCUCAAGACUGUCUUCAUAACCUAUAGGAACCUGGAUCUCGCACCCUUACCCCACGAGAGAUGCCUGGGACCAACAUUCCAAAGGUGGCUCAUGGGAUGGUUUCUAGCAAUAGCAUGGUAGAACCUCAGGUUAAGCAAGGCGAUCUAUAAAACCUGCCUCCACUGUCAGAAAGAAUGCUAUGAAGGUGUUUUUGUAAGCAGUUCUUGUUCCUUAAACCUUCUGUCUUACAUUUUUAAAUUAAAUUACCUUUCUGGGACUUUAAUAGAGGCAGCAGAGGAAGCACGGUACAGUCUUAAGUGGUGGUGAUUUAUUCACAGUUCCUCAAGGCCCCGGGAUAACUAUCAAUUAUAGCUCUAUUUUUGUGCAAUUACAUCAUGUUAUGCAUUGGAAGUUGAGAAUUUUAAUAGCUUUUUAAAAUGCUGUCCUCAUUAAGCAAUGAAAAAUAUUUCUCUUAAAUAAUUGAAUAUUUUUCUACAUUUUAAAAGUAAUUGAAGUUUGUCUCACCGUAUCUUAGGCUAAUUCCAUGUGCAUAUGGAUGAGCUAAUUCGGAGAAUAUAUUUUCAUAACAUGAAGCACAUUUUAUGUGAGUUGUACAAAUUAGAAUAUAGACAGGACCCUAUAUUUAGCUUUAAUAAAAUUUUAAGUUAAUGAGUUUUGGCUUGAAAGAUCAUAAUCAUAUAUGCAAUAAUUAUUUUUUUUAAACCAAUAAAUUUAAAUUCUUUUAAGAAACAUUUUUUGUCUUAGGGACAAGUGUCUCUAAGCUACUUAGGACUACCACACAGUCACUAAGUUGGCCUAUACAAACUUUUAUCUUCUUUGUCUUUCAACAUAAUAGUUGUCAUUCCUGAAAAUCAAUGAAAUUCAUUCUUUGGCAAUAGGGUCAAUAUUGAUUUUUACAGUUAUUCCUAUUAUGGCUUCUAUGCCAAGGAAUAACUUUCUGUUAGAGAUUGAAAGAUAUUUGUAAUUGGAAAUUAACAUGAUGUGUAGUUUUCAACAAUAGUUGGAUUUUCUUUUAAAAAAUAUAAAUUUGUAUCUCUGUAACUUAGGAGCUGUAAUUUGAGAGUUAACGCUCUGAAAAAAUGUUGAGAUUCUCUUUAUCUCAUAACAGCAUAGGCAUGUAGUCAACAAAAUAGCAAGAGAUUAUUUUAGAUUCAUAUUUGUAAUUUACCAAUAAUUAACAUUUAUUUCCAAGCAUAAAAUUUUCAUAAUAUAGGUUAAUUAAAGAAAUUGAUUGAUCCAGAGGACACUUGACACAUGUGAGGAAUAUUAAUGUGGAUACUGGCUUCUUAUAGAGAUAUUUAUUUUAGAGUUGAUACUUUAAAACAUCUGUGUGAGGGUUACUUCCCCCCUUUAACGUUUAAUUAUCAUCAUAAUUCUGAUUGUGUUCUGAAUGACUAUGGAAGGUGAAACAGUCAAAAUAUUUUCUUAAAGCUACCUGUCUUACAAUAUUACUUAUUAAUAGUAAAUCCUCAUGAAUACAUUAUUUAUAUAAUGAGGAAAGUCACUAAGAGCAGACAAGAGUUUGCUGCCGCCUUAUGAGAACAGUGAGAGUUUCUGUAGUGAGUCUAACCCUGAGGAGGGAAUUUGGUGGCAAAGUAAAAUUGGUAGAGCAACUGGUUCUUGUAGGGCAACAGGACUAAGGUAGCAUCUGUCCCCAUGUGAGAGAAUUCUGGGGAGAGCCUCAAGGAGAAGGAAAGGAAGUUGUUCUAGAGUCUCUGUGUGUGGCCAUUGCCUAUCUCAGUGUCACCUUGUUCUUACUCAUAGCUGGCUUGUACAUUUAAUUUGAUGAGUAAGGGGAGAUGACCGAAAUGUAUUAUGGGAUCUAAAAAGACAAAUACAAUUGCUUGAUGUCUAGUAAUUUGUAAAAGGUUUCUUUGGACUUGGUCCUUUUAUUUGAACCAUGAACCUGUGGCUAUGCCAUCUGCAGUAUACACUGGCAUUCAUUAUAAUUUCUGAUAUGUCAUGGACUUCCUGUGAGGUACUGAAUCUUUGAAUUCUGUUGUCAUUGUUCUCAAGUGCAAUAUAACAAUGUAACGAAACUUAAAUAUAAGUCACUAUUUAGUAAUCUUAAUCUGAAAUUUAUUAGUAUUUUUUUGUUAGCAGAAAAGAACAACUCUGCUGUAGUUGUAGAUAUAUAGGUGAAAAUUUUUUGUUUUUUGCUUUUUCUUUGUUUUUUUGUUUGUUUUUACCUCUAAACCAUCCAAUCUGCAUUUUAUUUUAGGUGGAAGAUGAACUAUUCCUUACCAGUUUUAAAACACUUUCAGUAUAUUAAGGUAACUUGGAAGCUGUGUGUAUUAAAUUCUUUUGCUCGCUAAGUAACCUGGAAGAUAGUUUUUGUUUUUGGCUUCUCUCGUGAUCACCCACAUUGGGUGAGACAUAAAAUGAGUCUCUCCUGAAAUCUGUCAUUUGCUAACUUGUUUUGAGUUAGUAAAAGCAGGUACCAUGUUCUGCUUUGUUUCCAAUGUGUAACUUGUGACUGUACAAUAAACUUGAACGUAUGGUGCCAGC